AUCAGUCUGGAUCUGAAUCGAUUUCAUGCAGUAAACCAUCGGCCCAAAGCCCAGUUCAAGAGCAACCACCGCCGUGCGUGUACAGUGCUGAGGGAGACCAUGUUGCUUCUCUCCCGUCUUCGAGCGUUGCAGCAGGAAGACCCAGUGCCACUGACCAGUUUGGACGACUUGACGCUGGACGAUCUGAUGAACGAGAAAGUCCAGUUCGGACAAAAGCAUUUGGGCCACACGCACAUGGAGGCAUGGCAGGAUCAACCUUGGAUCACAUACAUGAUCACUCACUACGGCAAGAGCCAGACUCCGGCUCACCGCCGACUGCUCCGAUUUGUGGAGUUGAUGAUCGAGCAUCACGAGAAGGACCAGGUGAUCAUCCCGGUUCGACCUCCCCAAGAAUCCGUGGCGGGUUAUGCAGGGACUUCCGGCCGUUCUGGAAGCGUAUUUCCCCAGUCCAAGAUGAAGGCCCGGCCAUCCGGCCAAACUCAAGCCAUCUCCUUGGACGACGGCACGGAGGAGGAGUUCGAGAUGUAUGCAUCGACGACUAUGACCCAGCCCAUCACCGAAAACCCGGAGUUCAAGGCCAUCCAAGAUCGGAUGUUGAACCUCGAGAAUGCCUUGUCCCGAGUGAUCCAUCACCUCGAGUCCAAGAUCGAGGAGGUGACACAGUAG